AUGGUGGAGACUCUCAGGCUGUUAUAUGUGCAUGCCUCCGUCAUGGUGGAGACUCUCAGGCUGUUAUAUGUGCAUGCCUCCGUCAUGGUGGAGACUCUCAGGCUGUUAUAUGUGCAUGCCUCCGUCAUGGUGGAGACUCUAAGGCUGUUAUAUGUGCAUGCCUCCGUCAUGGUGGAGACUCUCAGGCUGUUAUAUGUGCAUGCCUCCGUCAUGGUGGAGACUCUCAGGCUGUUAUAUGUGCAUGCCUCCGUCAUGGUGGAGACUCUCAGGCUGUUAUAUGUCCAUGCCUCCGUCAUGGUGGAGACUCUCAGGCUGUUAUAUGUCCAUGCCUCCGUCAUGGUGGAGACUCUCAGGCUGUUAUAUGUGCAUGCCUCCGUCAUGGUGGAGACUCUCAGGCUGUUAUAUGUGCAUGCCUCCGUCAUGGUGGAGACUCUCAGGCUGUUAUAUGUGCAUGCCUCCAUCAUGGUGGAGACUCUCAGGCUGUUAUAUGUCCAUGCCUCCGUCAUGGUGGAGACUCUCAGGCUGUUAUAUGUGCAUGCCUCCGUCAUGGUGGAGACUCUCAGGCUGUUAUAUGUCCAUGCCUCUGUCAUGGUGGAGACUCUCAGGCUGUUAUAUGUCCAUGCCUCCGUCAUGGUGGAGACUCUCAGGCUGUUAUAUGUCCAUGCCUCCGUCAUGGUGGAGACUCUCAGGCUGUUAUAUGUGCAUGCCUCCGUCAUGGUGGAGACUCUCAGGCUGUUAUAUGUGCAUGCCUCCGUCAUGGUGGAGACUCUCAGGCUGUUAUAUGUCCAUGCCUCCGUCAUGGUGGAGACUCUCAGGCUGUUAUAUGUGCAUGCCUCCGUCAUGGUGGAGACUCUCAGGCUGUUAUAUGUGCAUGCCUCCGUCAUGGUGGAGACUCUCAGGCUGUUAUAUGUGCAUGCCUCCGUCAUGGUGGAGACUCUCAGGCUGUUAUAUGUGCAUGCCUCCGUCAUGGUGGAGACUCUAAGGCUGUUAUAUGUGCAUGCCUCCGUCAUGGUGGAGACUCUCAGGCUGUUAUAUGUGCAUGCCUCCGUCAUGGUGGAGACUCUCAGGCUGUUAUAUGUGCAUGCCUCCGUCAUGGUGGAGACUCUCAGGCUGUUAUAUGUCCAUGCCUCCGUCAUGGUGGAGACUCUCAGGCUGUUAUAUGUGCAUGCCUCCGUCAUGGUGGAGGAAUGCGUGAACAAUCUGAGCUACAGGGGCUGA